AUGGCUCCAAGUCUUCGUCCUCUACCAGCUAACCCUCCAAGACAUUCAAGUCGGCCUCUCCGCUUAAUUAGAACUCGGGUGAAGUCUUACCGUGAGGAUAGCUCAGACUCAGAUGAGGCUGACGUCCACGACGAGAGCUCAGAUGGCUCCCCAGUGACUGUCCGCCGCCGGCCGUUGAUAUACUCUGACUUGCGCCCUUCAGACGAACCUCAGCCUGAACAAACUUCACCUCAGAGCAGAAAGUCUCUCGCUGAACGCAUAACAAGAUCGUCCUCGAACCGUAAGAAGCGAGCUCUCUUCCUUCAAGCCUCUCGCAAGGCCCUUACUACCUCCCCCAAACAAUUCGGGCCGGAAGACGAGGCCGAGCUAGAAAUGCCAUCUCCUAUAGAGUCUGCCAAAAUUCCGCCAUGGCAGACCCUUCCGUAUCAUGUUCUUUUUGAUAUCUUCCUGAAUGCUGCGCCGAUGGGCAACGGGACCAAUAUCACAGAGACAUGGAAGUCAGUAAAGUGGCUGCUAGGCAUCUCUCGGCUUUGCAAACCCUUCUUCGAGCCGGCCAUUGCAGCGCUGUAUUAUUCUCCGCCCACCUUCUCCUUGGAUCGGCUGGAAAAGAUGAGAAAGCUGCUAGACAGAGACCAGAGCAUGCUGGCAACUAAUUACCGUAGCAAGGUAAAAUGUCUGGAUAUCUAUGGCCAUACGUACAAUAUCGACAGCCAGUCGCUACGUAGACUCCUAUGCGUUACACCGCAAAUAAAGCAUCUCCGGAUCCGUGAUCCGAGUGAUACCCCCAGGAAGCUGUCAAAACCGUUUCAGUUCUCCUUUCUUGAACGGUGGUUUGACCUGAUGCCACCAGAGCAUAUCCAGCUUCACAGUUGGGAAUGGAGUGCCAGGGUGCAGUUGUCGAGAUUGAAAGACCUUCAUCUCCAUCCAAUGUUCCAGCAGCUCAGAGCACUGAGAUUCUACAGAGUCUGGCCGUAUGAGCCACCGGAGACCCGGCAGUCUCUAGAUGGCGAAAAGCAGCUGUCGGCGGCUCAGCAUCUAGUUUCAUCACUUGUUGCUCUUCCUAAUCUUUCGGUAUUGGAAUUUAGCCAAUGCCAGCUUCCUGAUGAUUUUCUUUUCCUGUUGCCAGUCGACUUGCGGGUCCUAUCACUCGACCAGUGUGAGAACGUGGACUCGGAAGGCCUUGCGAGUUUCCUGUUCGAACAUGGACGGAAGAUGGAGGUCCUCAACCUGGCCCAUAACAAGGAGGUGAACAUGUCAUUCACCGUGGGACUGCGGGCAUCCUGCCCUCUCCUGCGGGUCUUCAGGAUGGAUCUAAACUUUAGCUCUGGCUACUAUACGUUGGCUCACGACGUUGAACCUCACUUUGACCUCCUCCUUCAUCCCGGUCAGGUCCCAACCUGGCCGUCUAGCCUGGAAACCCUUGAGCUCGAGCGCCUCCGUAAAUGGGAUAUCACAACGGCAGAGGUGGUGUUUAAGUCGUUGAUCGAAGCAGCUCCACGCUUGACAUAUCUGCGCACGCUCACCCUUACCGCCAUCCUCAAGACCGACUGGCGUGAUCGUGCUCAGUUCAGGGAAGAAUGGGCACGAACCCUGGAACGAACCUUUCUCAGAAAAAGUGCAUCUCCAAGAGGUGCUUCUGGCGGAGCAGCGAAGCUGUCCGUGCCGGAUAUCAAGCCAUCGCCUAGAUCAGAUGCUUCUAGCGCUUCCCAACCCGUCCGGGAUGAUACCACGGAAGGUCAGGCGCCGAGAAGAAAAAGCCGGCGUCUGGCAGAGCGCAGGUCUCAAAACAACAGUGAUGAUAGCGAACGCUCUAGCGACGGAGCAUCCAGCAGUCGAAACAUGAUGCCUUCAGCGAGAGAGCAACAUCAAGGAAUGUGCAACGUGGUCAAGAUCCGAAUUGACAAUCUUCGUCCUGCAGACGUUAUCCUGCCGGCAGAGAAUCUCAGCGACGGUGAAGCCAGUGGAGACGACGACUGGAACGGAGACGACCUUGACUUUAACAACGACAGCUACGCCUGGUGA